CGAGGCGCAUUUGCGAGGAGCGUCCAAACUUUGCGCACAAGGCUGAAGGUGUUGCCUUCAGUUUAAGCUCCAGAGUGUCCAGUUCCGGCUGAUCAUGUUCAAUGAGGACGAAAGAUAAGAAGAAGAAGCCUGUCUGGGUGGGACUCACACAAAUUGUACCUCUGGGUGAGAUUUAGUGACUGAGAGCGCGCUCCUCCGCCUGGAUGUAUGGUUGACUCCAGAAGACAGAACAUUUGCAAUAUAUUCACUGGAUGUAAUUCAUGCCCAUUGAAAUGGAGGGCAAAUUGUUGUUCACAUGGAUGCUGCUGUGUUCGCUCCUGCGGCCGUCGGCUGCACAAAACACCCGACCUGAAGGAGUGCUGAACUGCUGCGAGGGGGAUGUCCUCUUCUUGGUGGAUUCCUCUGGGAGCGUGUCGUCCUACGAACACUCCCGCAUGCUCGCCUUCCUGUCUGAGCUCCUCCUCCCCUUUUCGCUGGGAGAGGACCAGGUGAGGGUUGGACUUCUGCAGGUGGGAACCAAACCACGCCUUGAGUUUGGCUUUGGCAAAUAUCACACCCAAAGUGGUCUCCAAGGGGCUCUGACAAACAUCAAGCCUCUCAGAGGGGACACCAACACAGUGGAUGCGUUGAAAAUGGCUAAAGAGUGGGUGCUGCGACCCGGAGCGGCGGACGGGGCCCGGGCGGGGCUCCCCAGGGUGCUGGUGUGGUUGACGGAUGGGGUGAAACCAGGGGAUGUGAUCGGACCAAUGGCUGAGCUGCAGGAGGAGGGUGUGGCUGUGCUGGUGGUCUCCACAGGGCACGGCAACUAUCAGGUGCUGAGGCGGGUGGUGAGUCCACCUGUGGAAGACCACUUGUACUUUGUGGACAUUGAUGACAUGAGCAUCAUCACAGAGGACCUGCGGGAUGCCAUCAUUGAAAUUAUCCGAGCUGAGCGAAUCCAUGUCCGAGACAUCUCUACCAACUCCGCCACACUCCACUGGCGACCUGUUCUGUCUGGUUUGAGCGGCCACUACGAGAUCCUCUUUAGCCCACUUGUGACUGGAGGAGCAGGAGGUGCUGGUGGGACUGGGACCAGUACGAGCACUCUUGGAACGCAGUACCAGAAACUUCGACAGUCUGCAAGUUCGAGCACUGCCUUGCUAACAGGCCUCAAGCCUGACACCACCUAUACAGCAACACUGACCCCAGAGUCCAAUGAGCAAGUGUUUAACACGCUCUCUGUGACCUUCACGACAAAGCCAGAGGUGAUCAGCCCAGCUGUAGUAACAGUCUCUGAGUUGCGGCAAAACAGCAUUCAAGUGAGUUGGGGUCCUCUUCAGCCAGAGACGGUCACAAGUUACUACAUUGAGUAUUCUGCCCUGCCCAGGGGCAAGCUCAAUGCUGUUACAGUGAGCCCAACGCAGAACUCUACUCUGCUCAGAGGCCUCCAACCAGAUACCACCUACCUGGUCACCGUGAGUGCUCGGCACGCCUCAGGAAAGGAGAAGGCCAUGUCUGUCAAAGUGUGCACUCAGGAAGUGACCCCAGCCCUGGCAGACCUCCAGCUCACCACGGUGGGCAGUGACUCAGUGCAAGUGGACUGGAAGGGCAGCGUGGCUGGUUUGAAGGGCUACUGGCUCACCUGGGAGUCCCUGCAGAGCUCUGUCCCUGGCCAGCGCUCCUCCCUUUAUCUGCCACCUGACUCCCUGUCAACACGACUCAACCACCUCCCCCCUUCGGCUAGAGUGUGUGUGUCACCCAUUUACCGUACGGCACGGGGAGAGGGACUAUGUUGCACAGCACAGUUUCAUUCAGAUGCACUAGCAUAUGGCUACCAUUCAUAGCACCCCUGAUCUGCAAUUGCACCUUAUUAAACAUGGAGGCUGUGUGAGAAGAAUGCUGACUUUCAUCCAUUAUUCUUUGCCCUGCCUUUCCCCUCUGUGGACAUCAUCCAGGAGAGCUGUGGCUUGGCUCGCUGAGCCCUCAUGUGGAAGCCACAGACACCUAAGAGAGGUCUGAGACAGUAUUGGCACAUUGGCUUCUAUAAUCUACAACACAGAGGAUCUGCUUUUCUGUUUUUGCUGUCUCACCUGGUUUACACCUGUAGUAAAAGUAUAAUGCGUCAGUAAAGAUGCAAACUUAAGAUAACGAUAUUUCUUAGGUCUGUUUUGCAGAGACCGAGCAAGGCAUGCUGGGAAUGUUAAUGUUUCACGUGGCUUGUUUCGGAAAACGGCUUUGCACCAUAUGUGGGCCACGUGCCCGAAUCGGCAAUUCUGUUUUGUCUUUUUUUUUUUUUACCAGCGAGCAUCUGAUUUACAUUUAUAAUGAAUACUUGUGUCUUCUACUUCAAUGACUUCUCUGUCAACACAUGCUUGACAGCAUUGGAGACUUGCAUGUGCACACUGGAGUGCAAUAAGGCAACAUUAAAUUGUGGUCCUCAAAAACAGGAACCUCAGGAUUGCUUUGAACUUUGAAAAAAACAGACCAACCACAUGCCCUGAAACUAGAGAGAUGCUGAUACAGAUGGGUGUAGCUGAGGGUAGCCUUGCAUAAAUGUCUGACAUAAAUCCAUCAUUCAUAUUUAUUAAUCAAAGAAUCAUGUAAGUAUGAAAAUUAAUAGCUUAGAGUAUUUACAGAAAUGCUGUUUACAUUUUGAGACUGUUACCUUUUUACUGCCAGUCUUUGCUGCCCCCUACUGAAAGGAUCUUUACAGGCUUACUGCUGAUCUUUUACUGGUUACUGAGCAAAUAUGUUGUUGUAUGUUUGUUGACUACCAUUGAAAUUUAACACAAGCUUUCAAUAAAGUCACAUAAUAAUUUUG